UUCCUUCGGGGCCUGUGUGGACUAAGGGCACAACCCGGCGCCUGACUGGCAGGAGGGAAAGCGGAGACUCCUUCAGGUUUCCAAAGAGGUCCGAGCGGACUGCAUUAGGAAAACUUGAAGAGUCUUUCGCUUUUCAUCCUCCAGUCACUGACUGUUUUAUAGGGACACUGUGGUGAGGUGGUGGGAGUAAAAAGCAUCUGCUUUCCUGACCCUUUACAGUCUAGCGUAGAAUUUGAUCGACAGAAUGUUGGUACCAGCUAUGGAAGAGCUGUUCAGCCUCAACUCCAAAACUCUAUCCUGAGACACAACUACAGGAUGUGCCUUGGAGAAGUAUCUCAGGAUAGAGAAAUUUUGAACGAAUUCCAAUCCUCUAAUCUGAGGGAGUGGGGAUUCAAAAAGUUGAGGUGAGAAAAUUGGUGGACAGUGGCAAAAUCAACUAAGACUCGAAGCUCUGAAAAUAUUUCAUCUGAAAUUUCAGACUGGACAGACUCACAGUGGCUUCUGAGCCAGUGAGAACGAGGCUGCCAAAGCAUGCUGGUGCCAAGCUGUUGGAUGAUGCACGUAGUCAGGCCAGUGGUGGUGCUCCUGUGCUUGCUACUCUAUGCUGAUGCUGAAACACCACCAAAGUUUACAAGAACACCUGUUGACCAGACAGGGGUUUCUGGAGGUGUCGCUUCAUUCAUCUGUCAAGCCACAGGAGACCCGAGACCUAAAAUUGUCUGGAACAAGAAGGGAAAGAAAGUCAGCAAUCAGAGAUUUGAGGUAAUAGAGUUUGAUGAUGGGUCUGGAUCAGUUCUCAGAAUACAACCACUGCGCACACCACGAGAUGAAGCUAUUUAUGAGUGUGUGGCUUCCAAUAGUGUCGGUGAAAUAAGUGUAUCCACGAGACUCACUGUUUUACGUGAGGACCAAAUUCCCCGUGGUUUCCCCACCAUUGAUAUGGGUCCCCAGCUGAAGGUGGUAGAACGAACUCGUACAGCUACCAUGUUAUGUGCAGCCAGUGGCAACCCUGAUCCGGAAAUAACUUGGUUCAAAGAUUUCUUACCUGUUGACACAAGCAACAACAAUGGCCGCAUCAAGCAAUUACGAUCAGGUGGUACACCAAUAAGAGGUGCCCUCCAAAUUGAACUGAGUGAAGAAUCUGACCAAGGCAAAUAUGAGUGUGUUGCAACCAACAGUGCGGGUACACGCUAUUCUGCCCCUGCCAAUCUAUAUGUCAGAGUUCGACGGGUCCCACCAAGGUUCUCGAUCCCCCCCACCAAUCAUGAGAUCAUGCCUGGCGGGAGUGUAAAUAUCACGUGUGUUGCAGUGGGGUCACCAAUGCCAUAUGUGAAAUGGAUGCUAGGAGCAGAAGAUUUGACACCUGAGGAUGAUAUGCCAAUAGGGAGAAACGUCCUUGAGCUUAACGAUGUCAGGCAGUCUGCAAACUAUACUUGUGUUGCUAUGUCUACCCUUGGUGUUAUAGAAGCAAUAGCGCAGAUAACUGUCAAAGCCUUACCUAAACCUCCUGGAACACCUGUGGUGACAGAAAGCACAGCAACAAGCAUAACAUUGACUUGGGACUCUGGAAAUCCUGAGCCAGUUUCUUACUACAUAAUCCAACACAAGCCCAAGAACUCUGAGGAGCCAUAUAAAGAAAUUGAUGGUGUUGCCACAACACGCUAUAGUGUGGCUGGACUAAGCCCAUACUCAGAGUAUGAAUUUCGGGUAGUUGCUGUAAAUAACAUUGGGCGAGGGCCACCCAGUGAGCCUGUGUCAACAAGGACUUCAGAGCAAGCACCUUCAAGUGCACCACGCAAUGUACAGGCCCGUAUGUUGAGCUCUACCACCAUUUUGGUACAGUGGGAAGAACCUGAGGAACCUAAUGGACAAAUACAAGGUUACAGAGUUUAUUAUACUAUGGAUCCUACUCAACAUGUCAACAGCUGGCUGAAACACAAUGUAGCUGACAGCCAUAUCACUACUAUUGGGAAUCUCGUGCCCCAGAAAACAUACUCUGUGAAGGUUCUUGCUUUUACUUCUGUUGGGGAUGGACCACUUUCCAGUGACAUUCAAGUCAUCACUCAAACAGGAGUCCCUGGUCAGCCACUGAACUUCAAGGCAGAGCCUGAGUCUGAAACAAGCAUAUUACUUUCCUGGACACCUCCACGUUCUGAUACUAUUUCCAGCUAUGAAUUGGUUUACAAAGACGGGGAGCAUGGGGAGGAGCAACGGGUUUCCACGGAACCUACUACAUCUUAUCGUCUCCAAGGCCUGAAGCCAAACAGCCUGUACUUGUUUCGUCUAGCAGCACGUUCUCCACAGGGACUUGGUGCUUCAACAGCAGAAAUCUCAGCAAGAACCAUGCAGUCAAAGCCAUCAGCUCCUCCUCAAGACAUUAGUUGCACAAGUCCCAGCUCCACUAGCAUUUUGGUAAGUUGGAAACCUCCACCAGUGGAAAACCAGAAUGGCAUUAUCACUGCAUACUCCAUCAAGUACAUUGAGAUUGAUGGAGAAGAUGUCAAACCCCAUGAAAUUUUGGGAAUUUCCUCGGACAGUACCCAAUACCUUUUGGAACAGCUGGAAAAAUGGACUGAGUACCGGAUCUCUGUAACCGCCCACACUGAUGUUGGACCUGGCCCAGAGAGCUUAGCAGUAUUGAUUCGCACAGAUGAAGAUGUUCCUAGUGGUCCUCCUCGCAAAGUCGAGGUAGAGGCUGUCAACUCUACUGCUGUUAAAGUGUCAUGGCGCUCACCUGUACCCAAUAAGCAGCAUGGUCAGAUCCGAGGAUACCAGGUCCACUAUGUAAGAAUGGAAAAUGGAGAGCCAAGGGGUCAGCCCAUGCUGAAGGACAUCAUGCUGGCUGAUGCACAGUGGGAAUAUGAUGAUACUACUGAACAUGAAAUGAUAAUUUCUGGACUUCAGCCUGACACUACAUACUCCUUUACUGUGACAGCCUACACAACAAAAGGUGAUGGAGCACGCAGCAAGCCAAAACUUGUAUCUACUACUGGUGCAGUUCCAGGCAAACCUCGUCUUGUGAUUAGCCACACACAGAUGAAUACAGCUCUAAUUCAGUGGCACCCUCCUGUGGACACCUUUGGCCCGCUGCAGGGUUACCGCCUGAAAUUUGGUCGCAAGGAUGUGGAUACAUUUACAACCAUGGAGUUCUCAGAAAAGGAAGAUCACUUCACAGCUACAGACAUUCACAAAGGAGCUUCUUAUGUCUUCAGGCUGUCAGCUAGAAAUAAAGUGGGCUUUGGGGAGGAGAUGGUUAAAGAGAUUUCUGUUCCUGAAGAAGUACCCAGUGGAUUUCCUCAGAAUCUCCACUCAGAAAGCUCUACUUCUACGUCAGUUCAAUUAACUUGGCAGAUGCCACUCUUGGCAGAGAGAAAUGGCAUUAUCACCAAAUACACCAUCUUGUACAGAGAUAUCAAUGUUGCUUACCAGCCAGUAGAACUCCCUGUUGUUCCUGCUGAUACCACUAUGACACUUUCUGGCUUAAAACCAGAUACCACAUAUGAUGUAAAAGUACGUGCCCACACAAGCAAAGGGCCUGGUCCAUAUAGUCCAAGUGUCCAGUUCAGGACACUACCCGUGGAUCAAGCAGUGUUUGCAAAAAAUUUUCAUGUUAAAGCAGUAAUGAAGACUUCAGUUUUACUGUCUUGGGAGAUUCCAGAAAACUACAACUCAGCUUUGCCUUUCAAAAUCCUUUAUGAUGACGGCAAAAUGGUGAUGGAGGUUGAUGGACGUGCCACUCAAAAACUGAUCACUAACUUGAAGCCAGAGACAUCGUAUUCAUUUGUGCUGACAAACAGAGGGAACAGUGCUGGAGGUCUUCAGCACAGAGUGACAGCAAAGACUGCACCAGAUGUGCUUCGCACCAAGCCAGUCUUCAUUGGAAAAACGAACUUAGAUGGCAUGAUAACUGUGGAACUUCCAGAAGUACCAUCAAACGAGAAUAUAAAAGGCUAUUACAUAGUUAUUGUGCCUUUGAAGAGAUCUCGUGGAAAAUUUAUCAAACCAUGGGAAAGUCCAGAUGAAAUGGAACUAGAUGAGCUGCUUAAGGAGAUAGCUAGGAAACGCAGAAGCAUUCGUUUUGGGAGGGAAGCUGAAUUAAAGCCGUAUAUUGCAGCUCACUUUGAAGUUCUUCCUACGGAGUUCACACUGGGGGAUAAGAAGCAUUAUGGUGGCUUUGAGAAUAAACAACUGCAAACUGGUCAAGAAUAUGUCUUCUUUGUGUUGGCUGUAAUGGAGCACUCAGAAUCUACUAUGUAUGCAACCAGUCCAUAUUCUGAUCCAGUUGUGUCCAUGGAUCUCGAUCCCCAACCAAUUACAGAUGAGGAAGAAGGCCUGAUCUGGGUUGUGGGACCAGUUCUUGCAGUGGUAUUUAUCAUCUGUAUUGUUAUAGCGAUACUUCUUUAUAAAAGGAAGAGGGCUGAAUCUGAUUCUAGAAAAAGCAGCAUACCCAACAGCAAGGAAGUCCCUUCUCACCAUCCUACAGACCCUGUGGAGCUGCGACGCCUUAAUUUUCAAACUCCAGCUUUGAGCAGUAAUUCAGUCCCCUACGCCUCCCUGAUUGGCUCUGUGUCCUCCCUCUCUAGCCAAACUACCACUCAGUCCUUAUAUGAUAAUAACUCUCUCCCACGAUUCGCUCGAAAAGGUAUGGCCAGUCACCCCCCAAUACCUAUCUUGGAACUUGCAGAUCAUAUUGAAAGAUUGAAAGCAAAUGACAAUUUGAAGUUCUCACAGGAAUAUGAGUCUAUUGAUCCCGGUCAACAGUUUACAUGGGAACACUCUAACCUGGAAGUAAACAAACCAAAGAAUAGAUAUGCAAAUGUAAUUGCAUAUGACCAUUCUCGUGUUCUACUCUCAGCAAUUGAAGGCAUACCAGGAAGUGACUAUAUCAAUGCCAACUACAUAGAUGGAUACAGAAAGCAGAAUGCAUAUAUAGCAACACAAGGGGCAUUGCCAGAAACCUUUGGAGACUUCUGGAGAAUGAUGUGGGAGCAACGUGGUGCAACUGUUGUCAUGAUGACAAAAUUGGAAGAGAGGUCCCGGGUGAAGUGUGAUCAGUACUGGCCAAGCAGAGGCACAGAAACUUAUGGACUCAUCCAAGUGACCCUUUUAGACACGGUUGAAUUGGCAACAUACUGUGUUCGUACAUUUGCACUUUACAAGAAUGGUUCAAGUGAGAAAAGGGAAGUAAGGCAAUUCCAGUUCACUGCCUGGCCUGACCACGGUGUUCCAGAACACCCAACACCAUUCUUAGCUUUCCUGAGACGUGUCAAGACCUGUAACCCACCUGAUGCUGGUCCGAUGGUAGUGCAUUGCAGUGCUGGAGUCGGCAGGACUGGCUGUUUCAUUGUGAUAGAUGCCAUGUUAGAGAGAAUAAAGCAUGAAAAGACUGUAGAUAUUUAUGGCCACGUAACUCUAAUGAGAGCUCAGAGGAAUUACAUGGUUCAAACUGAGGACCAAUACAUCUUUAUCCAUGAUGCACUGCUGGAAGCAGUGACAUGUGGAAAUACCGAAGUGCCAGCCAGAAACCUGUAUGCAUAUAUUCAGAAGCUGACACAGAUAGAAACAGGAGAGAAUGUCACAGGAAUGGAACUGGAAUUUAAGCGUCUUGCUAGCUCUAAGGCUCACACUUCAAGAUUCAUCAGUGCCAAUCUUCCUUGUAAUAAAUUCAAGAAUCGCCUUGUCAAUAUUAUGCCAUAUGAGUCUACAAGAGUAUGCUUGCAACCAAUCCGAGGAGUGGAAGGGUCUGAUUAUAUUAAUGCCAGUUUUGUGGAUGGAUACAGACAACAGAAAGCUUACAUAGCUACACAGGGUCCCUUGGCAGAAACAACUGAAGAUUUCUGGAGGAUGCUGUGGGAGCAUAAUUCUACAAUUGUGGUCAUGCUUACUAAGUUACGAGAAAUGGGCAGAGAAAAAUGCCAUCAGUAUUGGCCUGCAGAGCGUUCAGCCAGAUAUCAGUAUUUUGUGGUAGAUCCAAUGGCAGAGUACAACAUGCCACAGUAUAUUCUGAGGGAAUUCAAAGUUACAGACGCAAGGGAUGGCCAAUCCCGAACAGUGAGGCAGUUCCAGUUCACCGACUGGCCAGAACAAGGAGUGCCAAAAUCUGGAGAAGGAUUUAUUGACUUCAUAGGCCAAGUGCAUAAAACAAAAGAACAGUUUGGUCAGGAUGGACCAAUCUCUGUUCAUUGCAGUGCGGGUGUUGGAAGGACUGGAGUAUUCAUAACUCUGAGCAUUGUGUUGGAAAGAAUGAGAUACGAAGGUGUUGUAGAUAUCUUCCAGACUGUCAAAAUGUUAAGGACACAGCGGCCAGCCAUGGUACAGACAGAGGAUCAGUAUCAAUUCUGCUAUCGGGCCGCACUGGAAUAUCUGGGCAGCUUUGAUCACUAUGCAACAUAAAAACCCAUCCUGGAUUUUUAUUGCAGGCCCUUCAAGAUCCAGAGAGCCGCUUCUGAGCCAUACAAUGUGCUUUAGAAGUACUUCUUAGCUCUUAGCUAUGGAGCAAUUAUUGGGGAUAUAAAAUAAAUUAAAAAAAAAAAAAAUUUUGGGGAUAUUUAAAAACAAAACAGACCCAACAAUUCCAUGUGGACCAAGAAUUCACAGUUUAAUAACCUAACCAUAAUAAAAGAAUCCUGACCACUGAGGCGUCUGAAGGAUCUCAUUUACAGAUACCUCAAGGGUUCAGCAUUGUUUGAAGUUAAAGGGAAGAGGAAAUUGUUGGAAAGAGCAACCAUCUUGUUUAGGCCUGCAUGCCUUUUGCAAAGAGGAAUUUCGAGAACUGCAAUUCAGCACAAGAUAUUUGUUGAAAGGUCAGGAACUGGCUUCAAGACAAAACAGACUCUUUACUUCAACAGUACCCCUUCCCAUCAUAUUGCUCAUGAUAACACUUUAGGGAAAAUGUGAGAAUGUUUAAAAAGAAAGUCCUUGAUUUAGUUUUUUAGUAUUGUAAAGAUACUGCUGACCUGUGCUUCAUUUUUAACUGUGUAAACUUUUUCCUUUUUUUAACAAGAGUUUAUCAUUCGAUGACGUGAAUUAAAGAAAAAGGUUGCAUAACUGUUAAUUUUUUUUGUUUAAAAACUGUAAUUUUUUUUAAGCUGUAGAACUCUUAUCUGUAAUAUUGUGCUGUAGAAUGUUAAAUAAUUUGAAAAUUUGCACAUUAUUGUGCAGUUCUGUAUCUAUCUACAGUACCACAGUCUUGUUAGACAUUAUUUUACACUUCUGUUUGUUUUAGUUUUCUUUAAGAAAAUACUCAUUGUAAUCAGUUAAAUCAACAUGGGACUUUUUGUUUCUUUUGGAAUCAACAGGGAGGCGCAAAGUAUAAAGAUGCUGCUACCACACACGCACACAUUCACGCAUACACAUGUACAUGCACAUGCACAACCUCUCUCUUUCUCUCUAUAUAUGUACUUAUUACUGUCAAUCCUUAUCUGGCUCUCUGUAGUUACAGAGAUACAGAGAGGUAGAUACACACACACACACACACACACACACACAAACAUACCAGUUCUUCUACAACCUGGAUUUAUCGAAGCAUUUGAAAAGUUUCUCAGCAUACUGCAAUUACAUUAUAUCAAUAUUUAGUCACCUCUGCAUUUCCAAGAUCCAUAAACUUAUUUUUCUAAGGGAAGUAAGGAAUGCACAUCACUGAUAUUUGAACAUAAUCUCUAUACCAAACAGUAUUUCUCUCCACAUUGCAUAGAUAUCACACAUAUGCACACACAAGCAUAUUUAUGCACACACGCACACAGAAUAUGUGGUUUAGACUUCCAGUGAAGUUCAAUAUUUGUAACAUUAUAGUGCAAUAAGAAAUCAUAUUAUUAAAUGUUAGGAGGUGUGCAUGUGGGAAAGAUCAGUGCAUAUCCCUUUAGGAGGGGGGAAUGUUGUAAUAUACUAGAUAUUAAGACGUUUUCAAAUUGUAUUCAAUAACAAUGUCUAUAGUGUGUGCUUUAUCAUUUAUGUAUGUAACAGGGCAAAGCCAAACACACAUUGCUCUGUGAAAUCGAAAGUUUUGUGGCAUACAGUGUUGUUUGGGGAUGCUGGUUUUUAUUUUAAUUUUACAUUUAGAGUGCCUUAUAUUUGAUGCCUGUUUUGAAUAGCAUUUAUUUAAGUUAGCCUUCAUUUGUAUUUAGUUCAGUUUAUUCAUAUAUGUUAUUCUUUUCAAACAUUUUAAUACAUGUAUCAUACAAUUUUGAAUAAUAUGCAUUCCCAGUUUCUAUUCAAAUAUGGUUGAUAAUAAAUGAUAACCCAAAACAUGUAGAUAUUCAAGGCCCUGUAUAUUUUCAUAUUUCCAAUAGAUAACCAGUCUACAAUUUAAAUACCUUUUUUUUGGUUGACCUAUCAUGUCACUAAUCAUAGUGUUAUCAUUACAGAGAUGUAGCAGUACCAUAGCAGUUGUCGAGAUUAGCAGUAAUAACAUCCAUAUUAUUGUUUUGAGUUAGGUCUAACUCCUGCUUAUUCCAUUGUGUCCAUAGAUUGCUAAAGUCAAACCAUUCCUUUUAUUAAGGCCAGCAAGAUUAAGCUGGAAGAAUUUAUUUGAGAAUGGUGCUGCAUUUUCUUCCACAGGACAAAGGAAAUUCUUUAAGUAGCAGAAAGUACUUCUUAACAUUCUUAAUACAAUGCCAUUUAUACUGACCUUAGUUUUCAUUGUGUCUUGGGCUGCCAUCAGUACAUGCAUAUCAAAGGAUUUCUGUGGAGCAUUGGUAUGGCUUGUGACCUCAUCUUCUUCCACAUUUUCCACUAGUAGUAGAAGGAAAAAUAUGGAAGACUAAAUUCUAGUAAGCAUUAUAUUAGAGCACUUUUGUAAGAAAACACACACGCACGCACGCGCGCACACACACACACACACACUCAUACAUAUAUAUAUGAAACAGAAUUAUAUAGAAGGCUACCUCAGAAUGAGACUCUGUAACUUACAUCUGAACCAGAGAAGAAUGUGCACUAUGUUUCUUUCUCUUCUUUCUUUAUUUGUUCUUUCAACUAAUUACUGAAGUGCCAGUUUAUGUGGUGUUGUCAUGUACUUUGGAUUAGCUCAGAAAAAAAACAUAAAAAUAACAAUUAAAAAAAAGCAUAAUUUUGGAAACAACUUAGGGAACAUCCUUGCACAUUGGAGCUCUAAAGAGAUUGGAAUAACAAAAGAAAAGAAAAAAAGAAAAAGAAAAAGAAAAAAAAAGUAAGGGAAAUUGUACAACUAGAUUUUUCCUUUAGUUUUUGAAUUCUUAAGAUAACUUUUGAAUCAUUGAUGUGCAUUCCACUUUAUAUAAUCUUAUAUAUUGGCAUUCUUCAAUUAAUUUAAAUUGUGAGCAUCUUUGCCUACAUACAUCAUACAUUUCCAAGCUUAGAAUUGGCUUCAUCAGCAUAACCAGUAUGGUGCUAUUUAUGUUUGUAUGUGUAGUUAUGUCUUAUUUUGUGAUAAGUUGCAUUGCAGAAAAAAAAAGGCAAAA